AUAUAUAUAUUGGAUUUAAAAAAAAAAUUGGACAUAUCCUUUUUUAAUGAGAUGCGAGGCAUGGCCGAAGCCCGGCGAAGCAGAACGAAGAAGCCCAACUUUGCCGCCUGAUGCCAUUUCUUUGCAAGGAGUUUUGUGGAAUGAGAGACAAGGCUCUUUUGGAAAUGAGUGAGAAGCCGUCCCUUUCUCCCAGUUUUCUGAGCAUCUUUCUUCCAUUGGACUGAAGGACUACCAAUAUUAUUAUUAUUAUUAUUAUUAUUAAACUGAUGACUUCUCUUCUCUGUCUCUGAGGAUCUGGAGACGAAAACAGAGGACUUUCCCCUUAAUGUGGGAUUGAAAAAGCAACACAACCCCACAAAAGGACAUCCCCACACUGUUACUCUCUCCUUACGGGACACAUGUGAAGUCCACCUACCCUUUGCCAUAGACUUGACCCCGCUUGGGAUGCUUUUGCCGUUGUUUUGCAAAGAGGCCCCGAACGCAUUGGGGUCAGUUUGGAAAGGUAUGAAUUAAGGAUGUCUUGUGUUUUUGGGGUUUUGCAAGAAAGCACUGUUUUGGUUGGAAAAACAAGAGAACAACUUUGGACAGAAGCAUGAGCUGGACCCCUUCUCCCUAAAGGAAAGCAAAGCUCGCUUGCAGAACAGCACAAUUUGAGCCUCGUCUCGGAAGAAGACGACAACAAGCUGAGAAAGGAAAGAAAAGGGGCGGAAAUCCGGUACGAUGCCGCAAUUGGAGGUAGCUGCCUUGCUUGUCACCCUCGUCGGGGUCUGCGUCUGGACAGAGGACAACAGCAAAGUCAUUUCGGACCGCUACGCCGUGUACUGGAACAAGAGCAACCCCAGGUUCCACCAGAGUGACUACACUGUGGAAGUGAGCAUCAACGACUACCUGGAUAUCUAUUGCCCGCACUACGAGAUCCCUUUUCCCAUGGACCGCAUGGAGCGCUACAUCCUCUACAUGGUCAAUUACGAGGGUCAUGACUCCUGCGACCACCGGCAAAAUGGCUUCAAGCGCUGGGAAUGCAACCGGCCCGACUCACCCAACGGGCCACUGAAGUUCUCCGAAAAGUUCCAGCUCUUCACCCCAUUCUCCUUGGGGUUUGAAUUCCGGCCUGGGCACGAAUAUUAUUAUAUAUCGGCCACCCCACCGAACCCAGUCGAUAAGCCCUGCUUAAAAUUGAAGGUUUACGUCCGGCCGACAAACGACUCCCUCUACGAAUCUCCUGAACCAAUAUUCACCAGCAAUAAUUCCUGUUGUAGCUUCACCGUCCCAGAUGCCUUCUUCGUGGUGGCUCCCGUCUUUUGGACGAUUCUCACCUCCUAGCCCCAGCUCGGAGAGGAUGGGAAGGAAAAACCCAAGUCUCUUUUUUGGCAGGCCCCUGGGGCAGAAGCAUCCACGACGACGAUAAGAAAAUAUUUGGGAACACAAACAUGAGCGAGAGAGUGAAACAGAAUGUCAGCGGGGAGAAGACAGUGUUUCCCAAUGGAUCGGCUACAAGGGGAAACAACUUUAUCCAGUUUUCUGGGUUGGGGGGAAAAGGGGGUUUAGUUACAGUUAAUUUUGGGGGAACAGAAAGGGGGAAUGCAAUCGGGUGGAUUCCUGUUUCUUUCCCAACUUCUGUUUUCGGCGAGAAAUUACGAAGUUGCCAAUAUGGUUCCCCGAAAUAUCUGGGCAAGAGAGAGAAAAAGAGGAUUUUUUAAAAAAAUGUGUCCAGGGAGCUGAGCUGGUUCCAUGCCUCCCAAACUUUCAAUGGACCCAUUUCGACUUUGGAUGUGAUCCAUUCCCCCCUCUUUGCUCUUUAGUCCUUACCUUGACAGUAAGUUUUUACUUUUUGAACGAAUUCUAGACCAAAUAUAGUUCUCCUUUUUUUCCCUCUGUGGUUUCCCCUGCCGUCCCAAUCUCUCUCUCUUUUUUGUGUGUGUCCUAUAUUCUGUAUUUCUUUCCUGCAAUCGGGACACCACCCUGAGGAGGACAAAAGGAAAAGGGGGGAGAUUCUCUCCAACAUGGUGCUUAAUUUGGAAUCCCUUCUUCUCUGUGUGCGCGUCUUUCCUUUCCGUGGGGCUACUUUGAAUAAUAACUCUUUUGGGUUGUGACCAACUUAACAUUUCCCAGUGAGUGAAACCAACCGUCGGUCAGAUCAGCAAGGCGCACACUUCGGAAAAGCCUUGCUGAGGACUACAAGACUGGUCCAGUUUGGUAGGUUGGUCCAGCAAAAGUGAUCAAUGAACGUAUCAAUGUAUUGGGAAUGUUUCGUCCAUUUCGAAGAAGGGAACUGGCAAACCAUUCGCUGUUUCAAAAGGAAGGACUUUUGGACCGUAACGAAACAGCUGGACAGCUACAGUUUCCUCAGCCCUCGGACUGAGAGAUGGAAUCCUUCUGAACUUAUUCUUUUCCUAAAGAGUUGGGGAUGGGGAGGGGGGGGAGGGAGAAUCAAGCACAAUACAAUCACGGCAUUGGACAGGGCAAGGUGGGCAACCACCCAAUGGGAGCGCACAAUGUGUUCUGCGGCCAACAAGCCCUCGGCUUCCCAAAGUUUUCCUCCUCCAGGUUGGACGGCACACAUUUCUGGUGUAAACAGAGAUUCCCGUUUGGUUUUAGAUGAGCUCUGCAUUGGUUCAGGGGACGAUUUGGGGAUUUGGGGUUGCCCCUGCUUGUUCUUGCCUGGCUCUAUCACUGCCAGCCCCUCUGGGCCCACACGUUUUUACUUCAGCAUAUCUUUGGCCCCAAGGCAACAAGGCACUCGCAACAAGGAGACGGAGGGGAUUUGGCUUCGGAGGAGCAAGUUCGAUGGGGACCCUCGUAAUAAUUCCUGGAAUCAAUUGGCAAUUUGAGAUACAGUCCUUGACUUGACCCCUCUGGGCCCAACUUAAGGGCCAGCAGCAAAGGGAGCCCAUUCAAUGUCAGAUCAGUUCACAAGAAGGAUGGCAUUUAUAAUACCCUCUGGGCCUUGAUCAAAAGCUUCCUGUCCCCAUGACAAUCAUGUCUCCAAUACGGAGAUACAAUAGAGUCUUGCUUAUCCAACAAAAACGGGCCGGCAGAACGUUGGAUAAGCGAAAAUGUGGGAUAAUGAGGAGGGAUUAAGGAAAAGCCUAUUAAAUGUCAAAUUACAUUACGAUUUUACAAAUUAAGCACUAAAAUAUCAUGUUUUACAAGAAAUCGAUAGAAAUAGCAAUUCAGUACACUGCAACGUUACGUAGUAAUUACUGUAUUUACAAAUUUAGCACCAAAACAUCGCAAUGUAUUGAAACAGCUGUGGAUCUGGGCAGGAGGCACACUGUGUUGGAUAAUACAGAAUGUUGGAUGAGUGAAGGUUGGAUAAGCGAGACUCUACUGUAAUUCAAACCCAGAGCCAGUGGAAAGGUAGGCGGAUGGGAGACACCUGGAGCCCAGUUAUAGCUC